AUGAUUUACUAUCACAGAUUUUUGUUGUUGGUGUUGCUUCUGAAACUGGGGAAUGGUCAGAACCAGCAUUUGCCUGAUGAUGAAAUUGUUCCAUUUCAUCUCAAGGGGACGAUGGUUGAGUUCCCGUCUAUUCCUGCUCUAAAACGAGAAACCUUCGCCGUCAAUAACAUAUACAACGAAUCCCACUUCCUACACAUGUCCUUACGUGAUCCAAAACGUUGUCUUCCCAGACUCUUUCUAGAACGUCGUCUCUACAAUUCAUCCAAUAUUGGUCCUUUGGAGUAUGAUAAUUUUAACGUGACCGAAAAUGUUACUUUCUUCAACUGUUCUUCAAUUGGUUCGAGACGCCUCAGAAACAUAAAUAUGGAACAAGAUAUGAUUGUCUGCCCCAUUUUUGCUGCUUCCUCCGAAGAUAGUGUCCUGGAGUGGGACCUAGCUUCUUGCACGAUGAUGUUUCAGCUAGCUUCGCCAAUACGAGCAGAUCAGCUUCGGGCGAACUACUUGCCACUCAGGUUGCCUCAGACAAAAUCUGACAUUGAAAAGCACAAAACUAGCAUGAUUCUUAUAAUUGUUUUACCAGGGUCAUUUGUACUGGUGGUGUUGUUCAUUGUAAGCCUUUACAUAUAUCGCCACUUCAAGAAGAGGGGGGAAGAUCAAGUAAGAUUGGAAAAGUUUUUGGAAGAUUACAAGGCAAUGAAGCCUACUAGAUUCUCUUAUGCUGAUCUCAAAAGAAUUACAAACCAUUUCAAGGAUAAAGUAGGUGAAGGAGCUCAUGGAACUGUCUUUAAAGGCUUUUGUGCUGAUGGUUUUCACCGUGCUCUUGUAUAUGAGUUUUUCCCUAACGGUUCACUUCAGAAGUUCAUAUCUUCCCCUGACGACAAAGAAAAUUUCAUUGGAUGGCUAAAGUUACAACAACUAGCCCUUGGCAUAGCAAGAGGGAUUGAGUACCUUCACCAAGGUUGUGAUUAUCGAAUUCUUCACUUUGACAUCAAUCCUCAUAAUGUGUUAUUAGAUCAUAAUUUCAUUCCUAAAAUUUCUGAUUUUGGUUUAGCCAAAUUAUGUUCUAAAAAUCAAAGUACAGUGUCAAUGACGGCAGCUAGAGGAACUUUAGGCUAUAUUGCACCUGAAGUUUACUCUCGAAACUUUGGGAAUGUAUCAUAUAAAUCAGAUGUUUAUAGUUAUGGAAUGUUGCUGCUAGAGAUGGUUGGGGGAAGAAAAAAUGUUGACACAAAUCAAGACACUUUUCAAGUUCUAUACCCAGAAUGGAUUCAUAAUUUGAUUGAAGGAGGAGAUAUAAAUAUCUAUAUGGAGGAAGAUGAUGAUAUUAGAAUUGUAAAGAAACUAGCAACUGUGGGGCUUUGGUGUAUUCAGUGGCAUCCAAUAAACCGGCCAUCCAUGAAAAUGGUGAUACAGAUGUUGGAAGGAGAAGUAGAUAAAUUAAAGGUGCCUCCUACUCCAUUUGGCACUGCUACUUCAAUCAAUACAAGAACCAUUAUUCCUGCAAGACAUCUGAACUCUGAGUUGGAAGCGGUUCAUGAAUUAGAAUAAACACAUCACUUGCUGGUUUGCCAAACGCAUGCUAUUGCUGAGAUCUUACUAGCAACUAGUAAUUAGUUGUACCUUCUCUGUUCUUGAACCCGUGCGUAGUAUUUUGAUGGGAUUUGUAUUAAUUUCGCAAAACUCAUGCCUCCAUUGACAACAUUUGUAAGGUUCUCUUUCUUGGCCAGCAAUUUUUGAGAUCUGUAAUGCUAGUCUUCAUGUUCAUUCUAUAAAUGAAUCCUUUCAUUUUC